CCCACUGAGGCUGCAACCAGCCAGCUCUCUAACUUCGAGGAAUAACAGAGGAAAGCAGCGGUGCACAAACCGGACCUGCAACCAGCCGGCAUCAUGUUGGUGUUCAAGUUUAUAUGUGCGAUUGUUACUAGAGCGUUAUUUAUCCUCGUGUCUCUGACCGGCGUCUGGAGGGUGACACGGGUGAAGCUGGAUCCCAAUCUCAGUCACAACUAUUACUGGUGCCUCACUUUCCUCCUUCUGCCGCUUGUCGUUGAAAUGAUAAUAACGCUGAGGAGACGAAAAGGAAAAGAUUACAAGUGGUUUUCUCCUCCCAUCUUUCUGUUUCUCAUCAGCAUCAUUCCUUCCAUCUGGAUCCUGGAGCUCCACCACCAGCAGAACAAAGCCAGCGACCCUCAGUGCAAAAAGCUCAACUCUUGGGAUAAUCUGCGUAAGGUGAUCACUGUGAACGAGACCCUGGGAAACCAAACAUACCAGAACUACCUGAAGAAUUUUAACACGGUGUUAUCUAACGUCUGCUCUGACGACUGGAUCCUGGCUCUUCAUCAGAUCCUGCUCAUCCUCCUUAUCAUAGGGAAGUGGCUCCUCCCACUGGGAGGUGGAGUCACGCGUGACGAGCUCUCGCAGCUCCUCCUAAUUUUUGUUGGCACUGCGGCGGACAUCCUCGAAUUCACUAGUGAGACACUCUCAGAUGUCAAAGAGAACAGUCCUCAGCUGGUCUACAUCAUCUUAGCUGUGUGGACUUGGAGCAUGCUGCAGUUCCCUCUACAUCUGGCCGUGGUGAACUCUAAACCGGACAGUGAGGGUGAGCCGGGCGUUCAGAAGGUGUCCCUCUUGACUAAACACAGCACGGACAUGUGGAGCAUCGUGGAGGCCUUAUUAAUCCAGGACGGGCCUUUCCUGGCAGUCAGGCUCACCGUCAUGACCUACUUUGAUGUCUUUCACCAGAUGCUGGUGUUCUUCGCCAUCAAGAACUUCCUGGUGGUCAUUCUGAACUUUUACAGGCUGGUUGUUAUAUGUCAGGACUUCAGACCUUCCCGUCUUCCCGACAUCAGCAGCGAUAUCCCAUCAGUUUGAAGAGUCAGCGCAGGGGGGGAAAUUAGUCAGACAUGACACGCAAACUACAACUGGAACAGGAAAUUAAGAAAAUGCUUGUUUUCUGUGUUCUUCUCACAAUGUGGGAUCAAGUGGGUGUGAAUAAUUAACACUGUUGGGAGCAGAAUACUUUGAACAAACAUUUUCUUACACUUGAAAGUGGAUGAAGGUGCCAAGUUCACUUCCUACACUUGACUGCUUAGCAUCUGACUCAUUUCAAAUCUCAAACUCACAUCUCAGUCCCUCUGGAGCUAACCCCAGUUAACUCCACAUCUUAUUCAGUACUUAAAUGCGAUUAUGUGUGCAUGAACAUGCAGGGCUAAAACCUGAUUUUUGUUGCAUCUGGAGGCCUUAUUAUGCCCCGAGCACAGGCGGUGUUAUUGUAAUGCAAGAAAUUAUAUUAUUCUCUCAAAUCAACCGCCUUUUUGAGGCGCUAUAUGUGCUUGCAAACUCCAGAAACUUGGCAAUCAUAUCAGAACUAGUGAAAAAUUGGAGAUUUUAUGGGUUUUGUGCUUGGGUGUUGCAAAUUGUCUCAAUAGCGUCAAAGCCCCCUACUUUAAUUUCAACAUAAAUUAAUGAAAUUGGAUAGUCAGAUGUAUCAUAUUGAGACUUUCAAAAAAGUCUCUUGGAGCCAUAGCCUACACACAACAUGAAGUCAGCAAUUUUGAAUUUAUUGUGCAAUUUUAUCACAUUUGUUACCAUUUUCAGGCUUUAUUCUUUAAUUAACUUCUCCCAGAGAUCCAACCCAAUUCACUUGAUAUUAUGUUAGUGCAGUCUUAAGAACUUCACUAUAAACAUUUGUUAAAAUUUUGAGUUUUCAUGCUUAUUCACCCUGCCAGUUCCACCUACACAUGGAAAGGUGUAAAGGCUACUUGCAGCUUUAAAUGUUUAGAUUGUAACUAUUUUUGACGUUAAAAGUAAUAGACAUCAGGCCAACGGCAAGCAGGGGGGCACAGAGGAAAAGAAGGAAGCGGAGCAGAACAGGAAAAAGGUGUGGGGGACCAAGUCAAGAAUAUCAGAUAAUAGUGUCAGCUCAGGGGGAAAAGAGGGAGUUUUUCCUUAUCCGAAGCGAGGACAGAGGGUGUCGUGUGCUGUACAAACUGUAAAGCACCCUAUGAUUUGUGAUAUUGGGCCACAAAUAAAAAUAGACUUGACAUUAAUAGGUGUCAGCACAAUAAAAUGAACAGAAGUCAUCUCAAAGCACCACCUGUGCCAGCACCUACAGUAACUAGAGCCAGGCUUCUGCUUAGUAAGGACUGGACAGAUUUCUAACAGGCGACAGACAACAGAAAAGACACAAAAGAUAUAUUAAAUUACACAACAUGUGGACUGAAGCCGAGAUAGAAGGAGAGCAAUUUCCUGUCUUAACCCGAACAGGAAGUCUGAACUGAUUGUGAAAACAUCUUAUCUUAUGAAUGUUGGCUGUCUGAUAAAACAACACUGCGUGAGGAAGAUAAUUAAUUCUGAUCAUUUUGACAUUUGAAUAGGAAAAAAAAUAGCAAGGCGAUAGGAAAUCCAAAUUUUUUCCAAACUUUAUUUUAUAAAAUGUUGCACCAAAAAAAGCAGUAACCUGCUAUACACAGCCAAUACAUCAUUGUAUUGGUUAUCUCAGUGUUAUUUCAUCCUUUCAGUUCCUGCAGUCCAGCUUUGAUUGAUGGUUGCAACUCUAGAAGCUAGAAACUGCCGUACCUUUAGAAAUAAAAGACACAUAAACUUGCACUCAGGUAAUCAACUCAAUUUGAGUUGUGUUUGUUUUUUACCCUUUAAAACAAUUAAGUAUUUCAGAAUUUAUAACGCCAAAGAAUCAGUAUUACAAGUCCCUGGUUUAUGUGAAGAUAUUUAGAAGACAACCUCAGCACAAACUGUGCAUUUUUACUUGUACUUUUGUUUUUUUCACAUUACAUUUUGUAUUGUUUGUUCCCAAAACAGUAUUAUAUAUUGUAUGCAUUAUUUUAUUUUUUACCAAUAUAUAAUCAUUGUUAUAUGUAAAUGUAUCUUGG